AAUACGCAACUAACGCAUGCUGAUGCUUGACUUGUUCAUUUCUUCUAUGAUUGAAAAGCCUUCCCAACCCAACUAAUCAGGACAGGAUACUGUUUCUGCUACGUACUUUCUUUUUCAUUUCUUUCUUUUUUUGUAAUCCUUGGGGUUGGGUCGGCCGAUUUGCAAUGCCUUGGCAAAUAUAGCAAGGGGAUGCUGAAAUGUCUUUUCUUAAAGCAACCAAGGCAAAGAUACCAGCUUUCCCAUUAUCUUUGUUAAAAUAUUAUCUUUAAGAGUCUACCUGUGCCUUUAGUCUCAAUUGAUGAGCCAUACAUGACUCAUGCGACAAAAAGUUGAAGAUUCACCUACUAUUUUCAUCCCUUUAAAUACAUAUAUAUAAAUCUAUCUAUAUAUGCAAGCAUACAUACCUCAGUGCUAAGCAUCACACACUUCCUUUGUUUUCUGAUACUGCAUAUACCUAACCUAGCAACCCUUCUCGCUCUUCACAAGUCAAGUUAUUCUAGCUACAACUGAAUUAAUUCAUUUUGCUACUUGCUCAUCAAAUAUGAAGGCUUCACUUCAAGGACAAGUUAUUGGAAUUCCAAUCAACUCAGCAGCAUACGCCUUUGAGAGCUCGCCAAAGAGACUUCUACCUGACCCUGCUAUUCAAUAUCCUGAAACUGGGCCUUCAAAACUGAGACCAACUGGUAGAGGUAAUUCAGUGCUUAAGAAAAUGAACAAGCUUGGGAAGAAGGCAGACAGUUUCGCGCAUGGAGUCAAAGAGCAUGUGAGACUGGGGCCCAAGAUCACAGAAACAGUGAAGGGGAAGUUGAGCCUGGGGGCUAAAAUUAUUCAAGUAGGUGGGUUGGAGAAGGUGUUCAAACAUGCAUUUAGUGUUAGAGCUGGAGAGAAGCUGUUGAAGGUUUCUCAGUGUUAUUUAUCAACCACAGCAGGCCCUAUAGCAGGCCUCCUCUUCAUCUCCACAGACAAGAUUGCCUUUUGCAGUGAGAGAUCAAUCAAACUCUCAUCACCAAAUGGAGAACUGAUUAGAGUCCACUACAAGGUGGUGAUCCCAGUGAAUAAGAUAAAGAGAGUAAACCAAAGUGAGAAUGUGAAGAAGCCAUCAGAAAAGUACAUAGAAAUAGUUACUGUGGAUAAUUUUGACUUCUGGUUUAUGGGUUUCUUGAACUACCAGAAAACUUUGAAAUAUCUCGAGGAGGCAAUUUCUCAAGCUUAGAGAAAAUGCAAUUGAUGUGUGCUAAAAGGCAGAGUCAUUUGUUUCCCUCUGCUUCAUCAGAUAUUGUAAUUAUCAUGCAAAGCUAGAUAAAAGAGAGCAAGCUCAAUACCAUUGCGGAAAAUGUAUAAAAAAAUUUCUUUUCUUUUAAUGAGAAAAUACUCUUUUCUUUGAAAA